UUUCAGGCAAUCUGUGUUAAUCAUCAGAGUCGUUUUCCUGAAAGUUCAAAAGAGUGUGUCUUAAAAUUCAGACAGUGUGUCUGCAAAAAAGCUGCAGACAUUUUGUCUGAGGUUUCAGUUUUUUUACAAUGUUAUUAUAUAUAUGUAUACUCCGUCCAAAGAGAGAAUGACCUCGAUCCGGACGAAAACUCGUCCGUUUUGCGCAGGUCUCCACCCACAGAAGCCGUAUCUACGUAUACGGUAUUGAAUAUCUCGCCAUGUUCUGUCCACUUUGCUCGUUUAUGCGCGGACCGAGGUCAUUCUCUCUUUGGACGUAGUAUAUACACACAGGAUUAUUUCGUACAAUUCUGAUUUCUAAUUUCUUCCCAGCAAAACGAUGGGUGUAUCGAGGCCGUGUCAUUGGCUUCUCGCUGCGGUCGUCCUGAGUCUCUUCUCGAGCUUGAUGGUGAGCGAGACGCGGCAGCUCGCGAACUUGGAUUCCCCGGCCAUCGGCGUGCUAAGAGACGAGACGAAUCGCACUAGGGGGUUGGCGGCGAUUCGCCGGCGAAGAUAUGUGCGAUUUCCUACGGGAUCCGCUGCUUACCUCGCCGACGUGGGUGGCGGUCCACCUGCGUCGCAAGGCAGGAAUCUCGGGCCGAUCGCGCGUUUCGUCCCCCAGUUACCCGGUACGUGGAGGCAGCACAAGUCCCUCUGGAGGAGCCCCGUAAUCGCCGAUUACAACAGGCCGGUGAUGUCCCAUCGGACACCGCGAUUGAUAUUCCGCGACAACGACUUCCUGCCGCCGAUCGGAGGCGGCGGAGCCUCUUUCUUCCAGCAGUCUAAUCAGUUGCCGGAAUUCGAGGAUGACGUCAGAGAUCACCGAAAGCAGACAGCGGAGGAUUAUCCCAGAUUGGAAACAGAGACGCGCCAACAAAAAAGACCGCUGUGGAAAGGCGACGAUACAUUGUGCGCGGACGGACGGAGCUGCGAAUUUUUUCUAAUGUGCUGGAUGACUGCUGGCCUAUUGGACGGCAGCUGCGGCGGCAUUAUGUUCGCGUGUUGUCAGCGGAAAGACCCUAAAGCUCUCACUGAUUAUAACCUGAUCGAUUCACCUAGAGAUCAAUCUCGGCCGCUUCCGCUGGAUUUGUACACGGAGACCGACAGCGACGAUCGUUGCGGCAUACCGGUAGUUUCGAAGCAGAUCGCGCAGAGGAGGAUCGUCGGUGGUGACGACGCCGGUUUCGGCAGUUUUCCGUGGCAGGCUUACAUACGGAUCGGAUCCAGCAGAUGCGGCGGCACUCUGGUCAAUCGGUUUCACGUUGUCACGGCCGGGCACUGCGUUGCAAAAGCAUCGGCUAGGCAAGUUCAAGUAACUCUCGGCGAUUACGUGGUCAAUUCUGCAAGUGAGUCCCUUCCAGCUUAUACUUUUGGGGUUCGAGAGAUUAGAGUGCAUCCUUACUUCAAGUUUACGCCGCAGGCGGACAGAUUCGAUGUGGCGGUGCUUCGAUUGGACCGACCGGUUCAUUAUAUGCCUCAUAUAGCGCCUAUAUGUUUACCAGAGAAAAAUGAAGAUUUCUUGGGACAAUAUGGCUGGGCUGCUGGAUGGGGCGCGUUGCAAGCAGGUUCCAGACUGCGACCCAAGACGCUGCAGGCAGUAGACGUGCCCGUGAUCGAUAAUCGCCUCUGCGAGCGAUGGCAUCGAUCCAAUGGCAUCAACGUCGUCAUUUAUGACGAGAUGAUGUGCGCCGGUUAUCGCGGCGGCGGCAAGGACUCGUGUCAGGGCGACAGCGGCGGCCCAUUGAUGUUGGAGAAAACCGGUCGGUGGUAUCUCAUCGGAAUCGUCUCCGCCGGUUACUCCUGCGCGCAGCCGGGUCAACCGGGGAUCUAUCAUCGCGUGGCCAAGACCGUCGACUGGAUCACGUACGUCAUAAACUCGUAGCGCGUCCCGCUGAUCCCGGAAGAAUUAUCCUCAGGAGAGUCCUGAGAAUACCUUAGCUGGAACCGCGGACUUUGCAUGACACAAGGUUCGAGUGUUCUUCUCUGCCGAGAGGAGGAUCGAUCGCGCUUGAAAAACCGCGAUGCGACGCAAAGACGGAGGCGUUUAACGAGAUGAUAAUUUAAACGACUUGUUUUGAAAAGAAGUAUAUGCCUAAUGGAAUUAUAGCCAUUUUAUUUUACAAGGAUGUAAAAGUUAUUUAAAUAAAAUCUAACGUCGCAGAGUUUAAGAAGGGAGUCGCGGACGCGAAUUUCUAAUAUAGUUCCAAAAAAACGCGAAUAGAGUCGACAUUUUUUGUCAAACGUAAUACGCGAUUUUAUAUAUAAGUAUCUCUAUUGACACAAGCGGGUGGCGCAAGUGUGUUGUAAUUUUAUCGAUGUGAAUGCAUUGUAAAUUAAGCGUGUGUAUGAUAUACGUAUGAAUUUGCGCUUAAUAAAUACUCUGUUUUCGACUUUCAUUAUUGAUCGAUUGAUUAUUUUUCUCUUCCAAUCCAUACCAUAGCAUUAUAAUUGCAUUUCAUCUCUUCAAUCAAUUUUAAUAUACUUUAACGCACUUAUCGCGUAUAUUAAUUACAUAAUAUUUCAACGUGAUAACGUUGUAAAUUUAUUACUUUGAUUAUAUUAAUAACCAAAGUAUUAUAAUAGAUUUGAUUGACGAUGUUACCGUUACAAUUAAAAUUUUAAUAUUAUCGAUUUAUAUUAUGUAACGAGAAAAGAGUAACAAUUAGAAAGAGAAAGAGAGAGCGAAAUAAGAGUAAACAGUAUUUACAUUAAAAACAUAUUUCAUUUGACAACCGCUACUUUUUCAACACAAACUAACAGCGUUGCGAAUAAAUCAACGCGAUUAAGUAUCUAUGUUUCCGUUGCACACGCAUUUUUCAUAAGUACACAUUUACUUUGACAUAGUUAUUUAACAAUACGUAUCGGCUCCGAUAAUCUAUCUAGCUUAUCGUUAUCGCUUUGGCCUAUUUUAACAUCGCAAAGUAUUCAAGAGAUAAUUCUAUCAUUAAAUCUAAUACGUAAUACGCAUUCUCUGGCAGCCUCUGAUCCCUUUGCAUCAUUUACAUAUCGCUUCUAAUUAAAUUAAAUAAUAAAAUUUAAAUAAUAAAUAAUUUAAAUAAUAAAAUUUCUCAUUGUGAAAUGAUUUUUGAAAUGAAUGUUUAAAUAGAGCAACAAUGAAUCAAUUUCUAUCGUAAUUCGCGAUCAUCAUUCGCGAUCAUAAUUGCCUGCCAAAUCUCAUCGUUCCGUAAAAUGCAAAAGAUGUGUGUACACGCGCUAAAUAAAUAAUUAUUAACCACGCUGCUUUAUAAAUACGAAUAAAUACGAAUAAAAAUUUCAGGGAUACGAAAUGCAUUGAGAAACAUGUGAAGAUGCUUGGGGAGAAAGCGACUCCAGGUAGUUAAUGCUAAUUUUCGUCCUAGCUAAACACAAUAUAAAGGAUUAAGUCGCGAGUUUGCUUAAGUAUUCGUUCGACUUGCGAGUGAAAGUAAAAGACAUCAUCACUCCGAGAGUUGCAUUCGAAAUUCUCGCUCUGUUUUAAAACUCUAUGGUAAACAUUGUUGUAAUCGUGUCCUUGAAAUAUAAAUAGCUGCGCUCCGUUACGAGGAAUCUCCCUUGUGCGGAACCAAUAUAUAAUUUCUCUCGCUACAAAAUUUUCUUCUAAUUGUAUGAUAAAUAAUAAUAAUACUUUCUCGAGAGUUUGCAUCGCUCUCUCUCGAAUACUAAUGAAGGGGAGGACGAGGACAAAGGAGAGCUGGGUCAAAAGGGACCCUGAUUCGAGUCGAUAAAUAUAAAUAAGCCGAAGUUAGAAUAUUUUGGAAGUUAUAAAAUGCUUAUAUAUAUAUAUAAAUAUAUAAAUUACAUAUUAAAUAUAUUAAUUAUUUCUAAAAAAAGACAGUGUUCUAUAGAGGAAAGAGAAUAAAGAGAUGAAUCCAAAUUAAUUAUCUAGAGAUCGUCAGUAAUGAGCAAAGAGCUUUAAUGCUAUUCUAACGUUCGGCUUAUUCGUAUCACUCAUGUAGCUUAAGUAAACGUCGUUAGUUAUCCCAAAUCGUGGAUACACCGCGACAGACUAAAUGCAUCAAUUCAAGAUUCGCCUGAUCAACGACGGAGAUCGAGCCAAACGCCGUUCGUUCCUCACGAAUAGAACAUGUUCUGGAUAUCACGAGCACCGGAUAGAAAGAGAUCGUAACGGGGAUGUAGAUUGCAAUACUAUCCGGUAUCCAAAGCUCAGAAAAGUUGCUGCUGGAUCAGACUUUUCAAAUUAUGAUUUUUUUCAACCAUAAUUAUCAAGCUGCGACACCCUAAAUACGCCAAUCGGCGAUGGAGAUUGCGCUAUAUACCGCGAGAA